CGUCUUGAUGCAAACAGAAGCAGCUGUUCGGCUACACCGCACCAAUCAGAGCAAAGAGCACAACACCAAUCAGAGCGAGACAUCAAGUUUGAUGGGAAGCUGGGCUUCAUGGCUGCUCCAAUCUUCGGAACUGCCGUAGUAGAUCUAACCGCAUUGGUUUCCACUUGCCCGCCAUCCAUCACCGCCUCCCGAUCAAGCUCACAACUUGACUUGACUUUCAAAAAGCCUUCAACGGAAGUCAUCUCUCUCUCUCGCAACAAACACUCUUUUCUUUUCUAUUUUUCCAUCUGACAAAUCAAUAGGUGACCAUGAAGAUCCAACUCUCUGCUUUGGUGGCCUGGAUGGCCUGUCAAGAGACACUCGCCGCAUUUUCUCCACCACCCAGUAGUCGUCAUGUUAUGCCUAGGACGAACAACAACUUUGUCGUGGUGAGCCACACGGGUGCUCUUUCCAUGAGUGUGGGCAAUUCCACGUCGGAUCCACUACUCCAGCAGAAAGAGCAACCAACAAAGAAACAGAAGGAUAUCGAUCCCAAAUCCUUUGCCAGCAAAAUGGACGCCGAAUUGGACAGUCUCAAUGAAAAGAUCCAGAAAAAGGAAUCCGAAAAGGACCAGCCCGAUAACACCAUGGAUGCCUAUAACCAGGCUCUGCAGAACACCAUGCGCCAAGUGGAUCAAGAGACUACUACCAAGAAGACGACUGCCGGCAAGGGAUUUGGUGCUCCCAAGGCUACGACUACCACAACGGACAAGAAGAAAAAGGACGUGGAUGCCACAUGGGAUGCUAAUUUCGAGGAAUUGAAAAAUUUUCAAGCCGGAGGAGAGUCCAAGAGUAGCAAGACACCUCUCGAGUUGAUCCAAGAGGCCAAAAAAGCCAAGGAAUCCAGCAAAAAACCAGAUGUUGUUGCCGCCAAGCAAGAAAUCAUGACUCCUGCCCAACAAAUGGCUCAGGUCAGUAAGGCCAUGAUGGACGAGAAGAAGAAAAUGGAGCCGCCCAAGAAGGUUGUGGCGUCCACACCUCCUCCGCCAAAGGUUGAGGAACCUAAAAAGGUGGAAAUCCCUGUUGCUAAGAAGACUGUUGUGGAGGAACCAAAAAAGAUGGAACAGCCCAAGAAGGUUGUGGAACCUGUCGCGGCCAAGAAGGUUGUGGCGUCUACGCCUCCUCCACCAAAGAUGGAACUUCCCAAAAAGGUGGAAAUUCCGGUUGUGGAACCUGUUGUGGCCAAGAAGGAAGAAACCGUAGCAUCCAAACUGAAGAAGAUGGGCAUGAAAUUGGAAGCUCCCAAGAUUGACUUCAAGCUGUCGACUGGUUGGGCCUCCAAGAUGACCGAUUCCAUCAUGGAAAGCUUUGCCACCGUUGGUAAGGGUGGAUUCGAAAUGGUCAAGGAAAUUCAGAGCUCCCUCAAUACCACCAUGGUGGAGGACAUGGAUAUUACUUACGAGGAAGCUUUGGAUAAAAUGAGCAACAGUGUUCAAGGAUUUGUCAAGAUUUGUUCCAUUUUGGGAGAUGCCGUCAAGGACGUGGCAGCGGAAAUGAAAAAGAGCAGCCCUGCCAAGAAGAAGAUGCCCAUCCAGCAAACGUUGAAGGAGGAAAAUGUGCAGAAAGUCAUCAAGCGUGCUUCGUUGCGCAUUGAAGAUGCCAUGGUAACCAUGUUGAAGGAAGAGGAAGAAGCAGCAACCCUACCACCAGUGGUGGAGGAGCCUCCCAAGGUUUCCACCGAAACAUGGGGCUCUUACUUGGAUCAGCUACAAGAAAUGAAGGCGAAAAUUUCUCCACCCGUCAAGGAAGAGGAACCCCAAGUGGAAGAACCGGUGUUGCAAGAAAGCGCUCCCGAAAAGCCAACUGUAUUGUUCCAGGACCUCAUGUCCAAGAACGAAAGAGAUGCCAUGAUCACUUCUGUUUUUGAACAAGUGGCUGCCAAUGCCAACAUGCCCGGCGACAAGCUCAAGAAUGCCAUGAAGAAAUUCCAGCGAGAAGUCGGGAAUCGACCCGUCGACUUGGAUGCUACUACUCCAUUGGAGGAAAUUAAAUCCAAGGCGACUUCCGUGUUUGGCAACCUCAAGUCAUCAGCAUCGUCGUUGGCCGAGAACGUUUCGGCCAAAGCCAACGAAUUGCAGAAAACAAAGAAGGCAACACCAAGCAAACCAAAGGUGAAGAAUCCCUUUGCUUCCUUGUUCAACAAGGAAAACAAGUAGAGAAUCGAAUCGAAUCGAGCAAAUGACGACAAUACGCUCUGCCCCGUGUUACUGUAAUGUUUUGUGUGAACACGACAAUCACCAGAGAGAGAAGCCAAGCUAGCAACAUACAAUGGCACCCAAAGAUAGGAUCUAGCCCUUUACAAAGAAAGAAACUGCAUGCAUAGGAAUGACUAAAUGAACAAAGAGGAGUCUACUUGGAAAAUUCGGUUGUGAGAGGUUAAGGAGUUAAAAAAGAGACCACAAGUCAACCGGAUUUUUUGCAGGUAGAUAUGAAAAAAUAGCUAUGCGUGCUUUGCACCACCUUGGUAAACACUAGGAAAAGCAUCACCAAGG